AUGGACAAAACCACAGCGUAUCCAAAUUCCCUGCCCAUUUCCACACAGUACACUGGUAGUGUAAAGGAUGACUUGGGGUUGCGGGGCAUGCUUGCUGCUGAUUGCAUUUUCAGUUGGAUCGUGUACUUCGUGGAAGCUGGUGAAUUUUCAGCAAUGUCUGCCAAGUACAUCAUCACCGGUCUAGCUGCUUCCUUCGCGAUCGCAUAUGCUUCCGAUGUCCUAGUGGCACAAAAGAAGAUUUUUGGAGGUACGACGCCAAGGACGGUGGCGGACAAGGAGUGGUGGCAGGCGACGGACAAGAAGUUCCAGGCGUGGCCUCGCACCGUGGGCCCACCAGUGGUCAUGAACCCCAUCAGCCGCCAGAACUUCAUCGUCAAGGAUCUCAAGCCCUGA